CUCUUCCUCCCUCCCACCUCUUUGCCCCCUCGAGCUAGUUCCAUUCCAACAUUUUCUCUUACUUUCCCUACCCCAUAUUCCCGGGAAAAUCCCAAUGAUCAUCCCGAACCCAAACCCACCUACCAGAAAAUUAAGAUAAAAAAACAGGAAUCAAGGGUCUUCGGUCCCGUCGAAUAAAUUUAAACCCAUGAACAUUCAGCCUCUUUAUGGGUUUCUUCUCAUCAUCUGGUUAUCGAUCGCCGGCCGGAGCAUCGUAAAAUCUGAGAAUCACAUUGAAGUAGGGUACAGGGUUAUGAUGGAGGUGCCGGAGGAGUACAGGUAUGGAUUCGUGGGGAGGGCGUACCUGAUGGAGGCGAAGCAGGCGGCGGAGCCCAAGUUCAGGGCGGCAUUGAGCGUGGAGGGUGUGGAGGGGAACAGGUACGCGUGCUCACUGGAGGUGUUCCUGGGGGAUGUCAGGGUAUGGAGCUCCGGCCAUCUGUCCAGGUUCUACACGGCGGAGAAGUGCGUCGUGGAGCUGACGGAGAAGGGGGAUUUGAGGCUGAAGGGCCCCCAGGAGAGGCUUGGAUGGCGAACCGCCACUUCUGGACAAGGUGUGCAGAGAUUGAGGUUGUUGAAGAAUGGAAAUCUGGUUUUAGUUGAUUCCCUGAACCGCAUCAAAUGGCAGAGCUUCAAUUACCCAACAGACGUAUUGCUGUGGGGUCAGAGUGUGGAGGUUGCCACUCGCUUGACUUCAUUCCCUACCAACUCAACUUCUUUCUACUCUCUUGAGAUUCAAAAUGACAAGGUUGCCUUGUACUUGAACUCUGGUAACAUGCAAUAUUCUUACUGGGAUUUCAAGCCUUCUUCCACCCGAAACAUCACUUUUGUUGAGGUGGGCACGAGAGGGUUGGAGUUUUUCGAUGAUAAAAACCGAAAAUUUGCGCUAAUUCCAUCGCAGCGACUGGAACCAGUUCGCUUUUUGGCAUUGGGGAAUAGAACAGGGAACUUGGAACUCUUUUUCUACUCGACUGAAAAGGAGAAGUUUGAGGCCUCUUUUCAAGCACUAAAGACUACUUGUGACCUCCCAAUGGCUUGUAAGCCUUACGGCAUCUGUACCUUCUCCGAUGCUUGUUUGUGCCUCCAGAUUGCAGCGAGGCAGGGCCGGAUGGUUUCCAACUGUAGUGAGGGAAUUCCUAGUGGAUUCUGCGAGAGAGGCGAGGCGGAGAUGCUCGAGCUAGAAGGGGUGAGCAGCGUGCUGAGGGGUGUGUCGAGCAGUGUUAAUAUUAGCAAGGAAGCUUGCACGGCGUUAUGCAUCGACAACUGCAACUGCACUGCUGCAUUGUAUUCCUCCGGUGAAGGUACGAACAGAGAAUUGCAGGAAUGCUUUCUAUAUGGAUUUGUCGGAGGGGUGAAACAGGUUCGGACAGGAAUAGGGUUAAGUUAUUUGGUGAAGGUUCCAAAGGGAACAGGCGGUGAUCAUGGGAAGAGUUCUGGUCUAAAGAAAUGGGUGUUGAUAAUGGUAGCAGUGGCUGAUGUUUUCAUUAUUUUUAUGGCUUUGGGAGGGCUUGGUCUCUAUCUAAUCAGAAAGAGAAGAAAGGACCUGCCUGACAGAUCAUAGUUUCCAGCUCUACUUUACAGAGAGACUGCAUUUUGUUUGUUUCUUACAGGCUGACGUUCAUAGAGAUUAUAGAGAAGUUUCACACUUGCAUUCUUUUUUCUUUUUUCUUCAUUUUUCGGUUAGCUGGAGUGUACAAUUGCAUAUGAACAGCUGAGUUUCCACUUGAUUCAACAUUCAAUUCUUCAAUGUGAAUUUAUGAUUAAAAAUGUCGAACAGUUUAUAAAUCUUAACAUAGAAAUUUGAUGUGAGCGUCUUGUGUGAAAAGGUGGAGUGGAAAAGUAUAUAUAUAAAAAUGGCAUACAUUUUU